CUGUAGGACAUGCUUAAUGGAGAUUUCCAAUUUCUGCUCUGCUUCCUGGGAGCUGGCAUCCUAGUUUUUAAUAUUCCACACCUGCAGUGGGUGUUGAUUUGGGGCUGAAUUGUAGACCUACUUUCCUUCCUACUUUCCUGGGUGUGUUAAAGGAAUUCUUUCAUUUCUCCAGAGGAAAAGAGAAGCUGAACGAGUGAGUUGCCUGAUGGUGGGGAUGCAAUCUGAGUUGGGAAACCUGUACCUGUGAACCAUGGGGGACCAAUUCCACGAGCAUCCUUACUGGGAUUUCGAUCUGGAGACCGCUCAUGAAGUGGUACUCUCCUUACAGGAGAGGGAGGCGGCUGAAAAUUUCUCAAAUGCAGGCCAGGCUCCAUCUUCAGUUGAGCAGAGGCAGCUGCAGCAGGAAACCCAGGAGGAAGAUGAUGAUGGGGAGGGCAAGAUUUGGGAUGGUAACCAGGUAACUGAGAAUGAAGGAGAACGUUGUGCGAUGUUGUCAACAGGGCCUGAAGCUUUAACAACAGAGAUGAACCUUCAUCAACACCAAAGAGUCCACACCGGUGAGGCCCCCUAUACAUGUAGAUACUGUGGGGAAAGCCUUAACAGCAGCUCGGCCCUUAUUGAGCAUGAAAGAAGUCACAGGGGAGAGAAGCCCUAUAAAUGUGAUGUGUGUGAAAGAAGCUUCAGUCGUAAGUUCAACCUUGCCAGGCACCGAGCAACCCACACUAAAGAGAAGCCUUAUGAAUGCUCAGAAUGUGGGCAGAGCUUCAAAUUUAUUCCAGACCUUACCAGACACCAGAUAAUCCACACAGGAAAUAAACCAUACAAGUGCUCAGAGUGUGGUAAGGGUUUUGAUUAUAAAUAUCCCCUUAUUAGACACACAAGAAAGCACACCAAAGAGAAGCCUUAUAAAUGUGAUGUGUGUGAAAGAAGCUUCAGUCAUAAGUUCAACCUUGACAGGCACCAAGUAAUCCACACUAAAGAGAAGCCUUAUGAAUGCUCAGAAUGCGGGCAGAGGUUCAGUCAAAAGAGCAACUUGAAAGUACACCAGAGAACCCACACAGGUGAGAGGCCAUACAAAUGCUCCGAAUGUGGCAAGACAUACAUUACGGGAGCCAACCUUAGGCUGCAUCAAAGAUUCCACACGAAAGAGAAGCCUUAUAAAUGCUCCGAAUGUGGGCAAAGCUUCAGCCACAAGAGCUACUUGACAGUACACCAGAGAAGCCACACAGGUGAGAGGCCAUAUGAAUGCUCACAGUGUGGCAAGAGGUUCACUACUCGAUCCAUACUUAGGGAGCAUCAAAGAAUCCACACAAAAGAGAAGCCUUAUAAAUGCUCAGAAUGUGGGCAGAGCUUCAAUCGUAGCAAACAGCUUACCGAACACCAGAACAGCCACACAGGAGAGAAUCCAUACAAGUGCUCCGACUGUGGUAAGGAGUACAGAUGUAAAUCGAGCCUUGUUCGACACAAAAAAAUCCACACCAAAGAGAAGCCUCAUCAAUGCUCAGAAUGUGAGCAAGGCUUCCAGUUCAGCACACAGCUCAUCGCACAUCAGAGAACCCAUGAAGUGGAGAAAACAUACAAAUGCUCAAAGUGCCACAAGGAUUUUACUUCUCCAUUUGAUCUCAUUAUGCAUAACAGGAUGCACACUGAAGGAGGACCUUACAAAUGCUCAGAAUGCGAAAAGAGCUUCAGGUGCAGCACAUCCCUUAUGGAACAUCAGAAAAUUCAUAGAGGAGGGGAGCCAGAUUUGGGCCUGAGCCAUGCUUCUGAACCAAGUCUUGUUCAACAUAAAGUCACACGCCCUGAAAAGAAACAUUUUGUAUGUUCCAAGUGUCACAGCACAUUUGGGUGCAGCGGAAGCCUUGGGUUACAUCAACUGAAGCAUAAAUAGGAGACAUUGUAGAGUUUCUCAGGCUGCAGCAAGACCCCUUUUUAAAUAUCCAAUUAAUCAGCACAAGAGAAUUCCCACUAAAUAGCCCACAAGUGUGGGGAAAGCUUUUAUGAUAGUGCACACAUUUCACAUCUGUUUAAUCGGCACAAGACAGCAAUGGAGAGACAGAGAGAUGUUGCAAAUGCUUGUUUCUCUCUUCUUCUACUUCAGUUUAUUACUCCAAUCACUGGUACUUCUUUUAAAU